UGUGAGAUCGCGGCGGACGGUUCACUCGGUGUGGUUAUUGGCGACGACGCCUGGUAGUCUGGCACGCGGUGGUUAUUACGAAGACGACGGGACAGGCCGCGAGGCUACGCGAUCGGGCGCCAUCAUCGAAUUCGCAAACAGCAGGAUCCGCGAGAAGUUCCACUCGUCGCAAUUGGGUGUAGCAGCCGCACGUCCUCUCGUCUUCUUCCGCGUUCUUUCUGGAGCGGCGAGGCGUCGGCCGAGAAGAGAGACUCAGCCGGCGGCGGCGAUAUCCGACGAGUGUGGACGUUGGAGAUCAGCAGCAGGCGGAAGGCAUCCCCCGGUCGAACUUUGGCGGCAACGACUGGUCGGUCGCGGUGCGUCCAAGGGAGUAUGCGGCGCUCGGUGGUGACGUGAUCGACCUCUCGGUCAGCUGCGCGGCGUGACCUCGUUCGCGAGUGGCUGGCCGUUCGCUCACUUCUUCUUCGCCAAGGCCCCGGACAGGGCUGAAAAGUUGCGUCUCGCCGAAUUUGCGUUUCCUUUCGGCCAGAGAGCGGCAUUCUCCCCUAACUCCCGUUCGGAGAUUUCACGGUAUCGGUAGCAAACGGAGAAGACUCCGCUCUAACGGGAAUUCCAUCGAGGUUGCUCAACCGAGAGAGAGGGACGACAAGAGAAAAAACGCGGACUGCCAAAGAGCGAGGCGCUAAACGAGAUCGCAGAACGAAAGGAAACGAUCGAGGAGAGCGUUUUGCGGAGGACCAGAAAGGCGUGGACUCGUUCAUGUCCGGAAGCGGGGAAAGAGCGCACGAGGGAACGUCGAGAGUAUGAGGGCACCUUCGUAACGGCUGAUCGGACACUCGACAGGAGGAAACCGGCGGAAUUGAGAUGCGUGCGAGAAGGGUCGCUUAUCCGAGGGAACUUUUCUGACAGCCGAAGAAAAGGGCACGUAGCGAUAGGAAUCCGGAAGGUAUGACAAACGUGCGAGGAACGGCGCGUUGAUGACGGGAGAAGAGCCGGCUGAACCACUCGCGAGAAAUUCCUCACGCUUCUCACGCCCCUUCCGACGAGGGAACUUUUCACGAAAAGCAGCGGCGAAAGUGCAGCGCCUGGGAGGAGGGAAACAAGCGGCCUAAUAACGGGACGCCCUUCGGGAAGCGCGUACCACCAGGAGCCAAGGAGAUGGAACUAUGAGAGCCCAGGAACAACGGUCCGCGGAAUCUUGGCGAAGUUGCGAGAGCAGGUCGCGCGAAAAGUCCUACCGAGUGGAAGGAUCGACGAUCCGACGAGCGAGCGAGUAAACGGAUCAGAGAACGGCUCGAUGACGGACUGACGUUGAGGCUCGGGAGAGAAAGAGAAUCGACGCGGUUGGCGUAGGGCAAGGUCGCGUUGGAUGUCCGCGCGGCGAGGCUGCCCGCUGAUCGGGAAGGUCGUUGACGAUCGCCGCAGUGACCGCUCGCGACGGGCAUCCCCGGUGGCCGACGUUAUCACGGAGAUCAUCUCGUCGCCUUCCCCACUCGCGGCCACAUGACUUGACGAUCGCCGCCUCCUCCUCCUCCCGCUGCUGCUCCUUCCCGUUGGCGGCGGCGGCGGUGGCGGCAACGUCACGGCGACGAUAGCUCGACGAGGAGUCAACGGCAGCGGUAUUUAACGAGUUACACGCGUUGCGGCCGAAUCAGUCGUUCGCCGGCAGUCGGUUCGCAGGUGCGCUUCUGCCUGCGUGGGAGAGAUAGAAGCGUGUUCGUAUGUGUGUUCGUGUGCGCCGUUCCGUCGUGUAGCACAGCGAGGGAGAGAAUCCCCGGGACGGGGAAAGAUUCCCGAGAAGAAUCGGCCUACGGCGGUGGAAGAGGAAUAACAGAGGGGUAGAGGGUGGCCUCACGCUCCUCUUUCUCCUCGGCAACCGUGGUGCGUCGUAACGACCGUGGUGUUCGUCGUGGUGUUACCGUUGUGUCACUGCUAUCCUGGCAGGUGGAAGCGGUGGCGACGGUGGCGGUGGUGUUGGUGCUGGAUAUAUAUAGUGGUGGAUAGCGGUGGCCGGCGAAACUGGAGCAGCAGCCGGUGACGGUCGUCGUCGUCGCUGCAGAGGAGGAGAGCUAUCAUGUGCACGCGGCGGAUUCUCGGACUGGCGGUCGUGGCCCUGCUGACUCUCGGCGGUCGAGCGCGCGCGUACACCAACCAGUGGGCAGCGCACAUCGAGGGAGGCGAGGAGGUGGCCAGGCAGGUCGCCGAGGACUAUGGCUUUCGCUAUUUGGGCAAGAUAAACGAUGAUUGGUACCACAUGGAGCAUCGAUCCGUGGCGAAGAGAUCGACGGAGCCGCAUCUCGAGGUACAUCAGAGGCUAAUGAAAGACUCCAGGGUACGCCGAGCGGAGCAACAACGGGCGAAAUCGCGCACCAAGAGGGAUCUUGUAGUCAAACGUCCGUCCAAUAUACUAAAUUUGGUGAACGACGAGAGGUGGCCUCAAAUGUGGUAUCUGAACAGGGGAAAAGGGCUUGAUAUGAACGUGCAGGGUGCCUGGUUGGAGGGGAUCACCGGACAAGGCAUCGUUGUCACAAUUCUCGACGACGGAUUAGAGAAGGAUCAUCCUGACCUCGUGAACAAUUACGACCCGCUGGCGAGUUACGACGUCAACGGCCACGACGAAGAUCCGAUGCCGAGGUACGACUUGGUCGAUAGUAAUAGACACGGCACCAGGUGCGCUGGAGAGGUCGCAGCCACUGCCAACAAUUCUAUUUGCGCCGUAGGCGUUGCUUACGGAGCUGGUGUGGGUGGUGUCCGGAUGUUGGACGGCGACGUGACGGACGCCGUCGAAGCGAGAUCGUUGAGUUUAAAUCCUCAACACAUUGACAUUUAUAGCGCAUCGUGGGGACCAGAUGACGAUGGUAAAACCGUGGACGGUCCGGGUGAACUGGCCACUAGAGCUUUCAUCGAGGGCAUUACCAAGGGUCGCAGCGGCAAGGGUUCCAUCUUCGUGUGGGCGUCCGGAAACGGCGGCCGAGACCACGACAACUGUAACUGCGACGGCUACACCAACAGCAUCUGGACCUUGUCCAUUAGCAGUGCAACUGAGAACGGCCUCGUGCCCUGGUACAGCGAGGCGUGCUCGUCGACCCUCGCCACCACCUACAGCUCGGGUGCGACGGGCGAGAAGCAGGUCGUCACGACGGACCUACACCAUCAUUGUACCAGCAGCCACACCGGCACGUCCGCGUCGGCGCCGCUGGCCGCCGGCAUCUGUGCCCUCGCCCUCGAGGCGAACCGGGAGCUGACCUGGAGGGACAUGCAACACAUCGUGGUCAGGACCGCCAAGCCUGCGAACCUCCAGGCGCCUGAUUGGGUGGUCAACGGUGUCGGCAGAAACGUGAGCCACAGCUUCGGUUACGGGUUGAUGGAUGCCACUGCCAUGGUACGCUUAGCAAGAAGGUGGAGGACUGUUCCGGAACAACACAAAUGCGAGGUAUCGGCGCCGCACACGGGCAGGCCAAUACCGCCAAAGAGUCAAUUGAUUCUCGACUUACAUGUCAAGGAGUGCAGCGGCGUUAAUUUCCUGGAGCACGUUCAGGCGAAAGUAUCGCUGAUGGCGACGAGACGGGGGGAUCUUCAGAUACAGCUAACGUCCCCUCAAGGCACGAGGAGCACUCUUCUCGCCAAGAGGCCGCACGACGUUUCGAAGGCCGGUUUCAGUCAAUGGCCGUUCAUGUCGGUGCACACGUGGGGUGAGAGACCGCACGGCACUUGGAGAUUAGAAAUUCACAAUGAGGGUCGAUACCUCGGACGCGCCACCCUGCACGAGUGGGCGUUGAUUUUCUACGGGACCGCGACGUUGCCCGACCGCACCGAGUACGCGCUCUACAAUCCGGCCGGCAUGAGCGUGCCCAGGCGGCCGUUCGUGAAGCCGCGCGAGACCAGCUUCUCCAAGAAUCAGAACGCCUUGGCGAAGGGGAAACAGGCGCAGCACAAGUCCGACAAAUCCGGCAGCCUGAGUCCGCCCUACGUAGUGAACGCGCAGAUACAGUCGCAGAGGAAGGGCAAGGUUCGCGGCCAGCACAAAAACGGCAAAUCGGCCAGUCGGCCGAACCCGAAGCCGACCGCUCAGACCCUCCGUGGUCUCACCGGGGUCAACAAGGGCGGCGAUGUGCGGCUGAUCACGUCGAGACCGCGCGGCCGAAGCACGCCGAGCCCGAUCACCAGCACGGCGAGCCAAGCGACGACGAAGACGCAGAGCCCGACUACGUGCAGGCACAGGAUCGGCGACCCGGUGACCGCCUCGCCCCUCCAGAGGGGACUCAUUUUGUUGGAGCCGCCGGCGAAGGAGGCCACUAACAAGGUCCCGGAGGUUUUCCAGCAGUAUCCCAAGAUCCAACAGCUUUAUCCGGUUUACAGCGGUGCCCGCGGUGUCGGACAGCAACUCGCUACGAGGGCCAAAGGAAUCGACCUGCUGCAGGACGAGCAGUUUGACCCCAAGAACAUAGACAAGGACACACUGAACGAGUGGCGGCUCGUAUUUUACGGCACGGAGACCUCGGUAGAGUUGGACGACGAGCUGGACAAGGACAAGCCGCAGCCACCGGUGCGCCAUCAAGAGACGGUGCAGGACAACGCGGCAUUAGACCCGCGGCAGAACGCCGUAGAUACUGAGGGUGACCCAUGGACAGGUAGCCAGCAGGUGGACCGAGUCUCCCACCCGGAGGUGCAGAAACCGACGACGGAGAACCAGAGGAGCGGCUGCGCCACCUUCGAAGCAAGAAGUGGCAGGUGCCUAGUGUGCAAGCCGGGUUGGAACCACAACAGCAAUGGUAACUGCUCGCAACAAUGCCCAUCCGGAACCUACGCGGUCCGGGAUCACGACAAGACCGGUGCGUUCUGCAUCAAAUGCCAUUACUCGUGUCUGUCCUGCAAAGGCCCCAGCGACACGGAUUGUCUCACCUGCCACGAGGAUUCGGCGCUCAUGUUGAGCGACAACGGAGAGCAUUGCGUGCUGCACAACCUCUCCUGGAAGAUGCAAUCCACAAUGUGGUACUACAGAAUGACCGUGGUGUUCUUGACCAGCAUUGCUCUGAUGACCGUCGUCGUCGUUUAUCUCGCGCUUGACUGGUACAUCCGUCGACGCAAACGCGUCCACGAGUACAGCCAAGUGUCGUAUACCGGCAACGGCGAGGCUCGCGCGGACAUGAAACGAUUGCACGGCGACACUUGCGUCUCCGACAGCGAAUGAGACUGCCGUUCACGUCGGGAAGCGACGGGGAGAUAUUCCAGUAGUGAUAUUCACAGGAACACUUUCGAAAAUAUUCCGAGAACAUUCGAACGAUAUUGCGAGAACUUUCUGGAAAAUCGCGUGAUGAUAUUAUAUCGGUACUCUCCGAAGGUGACUCGAGAAUAUUCUUAUAGGGCGGACAUUUUUUUUUUAGUUUUUCAGAACGUCUCACCAAUAUUUCCGAAAAUAUUCGGAAUCCGGAUUUUCAAAGUGCUUCCUAAAAUUAAAGAGGAAAUUCUGAAAACUACAGACUUUUCAGAAUUGCUCCCGUUUUAAUUAGGAAAAUAGAAUUGAGAAGGAAAAGGAAAGGAACCUUGAAAAUCUAGAACUUUGCUGGAAAAAUAAAAAAAUUCUUGUGAUUUUUCUUGACUAAAUUUCCCGAGCUAAAGAAUUUCGAGAAUCUCCUGAAAAUAUUUUCUUUUAAUUAUAUAAUGUUCCGGGAAUAUUCUGAAACUGCUGCAAAAGAGCGCGUGGCAUUUUUAGACUGACGGAUAUAAAUAUUUCGAUCCACAAGUGCGAUAAAAUCAUUCCCAAGUAAUUUUAGUAUAAUUCUAACGAACAUACACACACACACACACACACACACACACACACAUUAUACCGGUCAAAGGUCGAAAUGCGUAGAAGGGUGAAUAAGAAAGUUUUGAGAAAGAUUCUCGCGAAGAAAUCAUAAGUAUUCCUUUUACUUUUGUUCUAAAUAUUCAAUAAAUUUAUCCGCUGCGCUCAGAAUUCCGCCAUCGAGCGUGGGAGCCAGGCCACGCUCCUGCGAGUGUGCAAGGAAUGCUCCUUUUGUAGCGGCAAUUCCUCGGGACGUCCGGAACAUAAAGCGUUAUUGGCGCUGAUAGUUUCCUUUGAAACGAAGCGAUCGCCACGUCGCGAUGCCAGUAUUGUAGCGAUAGUUUGCAACGGUCAGUCCUUUAUCGAUCGCUGGGGUGAACUAGCGCGGAGUAAUGUCUCUUGAGGCCAGUGAGUGAUUCCACGCGAUUCAGCGAGUCUUAAGUACUUGCGCGAACACAUCCGGGCGUCUAUUAUGCGAUCAAGAGUGAGAGUGGCGAGCGCUACCUUUGAAUUGCGGUUAGUCGGCUACGGUCGCCAGUAACUUCGUGCAAGACGCUCGACCAAUGAUGAAACGUCGCGUGGCUUGUGUAUUAAAGGGCGUAUAAAGUUGCAAAAGACUUCUGUAGGUUAAAGGUAUAGUCGCGUGUUGAAGACUAGAACUAAAGAGGAACAGCCGGCGCACCGAGGCUUCAACGCGGAAGAGGAAUAACAUCUCAUUUAUUAUCUACGGAUUCGCGAAUCGUCGAGUUCCUAGGGUGGCGCGAGCAACACGGCGCGAUUUAAUUAACGAGAUUGCCGCACCGUACAGUAUAUGAACGCACGGUGCGCGUCGUGCGCUGUAACCCAGAGCGGUGAGGGAUCAACGUGAUUUCUAACGAUUGAGAACCGGAGAGAGAACGAAUUACAUUAUGGUUGAAUGAAAAAGAACGAGAACGUAGAGUUUUUGCGAGAGCGGUUUACCUCAGUAAUGUGAUACGCAUAGUAAGGUCAAGUGUAGAUAGCCAUCAUCUUUCUCUCAUCGCCCGCUGCAAUUACCCAUAACUGUUACCACUAAUCAUUAAUCUGACGCAUUGACAAGCCGCGAUGUACAUUGUUCUUGUUAACGUUGUGAAUUUAAUAAAGCGAUGAAAAAUGA